GGUUUGCUUGCUUUGGUGGGAAGGCGUUCGCCUCAUCGCGGCGCCGUCAAGGUGAACUGACCUGCCCGUUGCAGCAGCUGUAAGAGACAACGGGCUGCCCGCGACGAAGCGGAUGUCACCGCAGAGUCUCCCUAACAACGCCUAAGAAAUUACGCGACGGACGAUUGACUCAAACCGUUACUUCCGUGCAGACUGACUCACCGAUUAAAUAUUCAGUGUCUGCAACCCGGCCUCACCUUGGGUUAACUUCCUGUGUCAGCAGCUUUCGAGAGUGCGGCGGUGACCACAUCGGCAAUGCGGGCGCUGUCUUGAAAAGAGGAAGGGCUCCCGUCGCCUGCGAUCGAGCGACGCUGUAGCCAAACGGGCGCUGCCAUCUUCCGCCGGCUUCAGACGAGCCCGAGCCCGCAGGAGCAGUGGCCAAAGGGGGCAUCGUCGCUGCCUCUCCGACUGACGGACUGACGGACGGACGGACGGUGCCACCGAUGGCCCCACGCAAGAGGGCGGCGGCCGGCGCUGGCCGGCGCCCGCUCUGCUGCUGGGCGCUCUGCUGCUGCUUCCGCGGCGGCGCGUGCGGCUGCCGUGGCGACGAGCCGCCCGAGAUCACGUACGGCUUCGUGCAGGACAGCGCCUUCCCGCUGCAGCCCGCCGAGGAGGUGCCGCCCCUGCCCGCCGCCGACGAGCUCAACGCCAAGUUUUCCGAGCUCGUGGAUGAGCUGGACCUGACGGAGAAGCACAGGGAGGCGAUGUUCGCCCUUCCGGCUGAAAAGAAGUGGCAGAUUUACUGCAGCAAGAAAAAGGAACAAGAGGACCCCAACAAGCAGGCGACCAGCUGGCCCGACUACUACAUUGACCAGCUUGCCUCCAUGGCAACGAUGCAGACGGUGGCAGCAAACAGCGAGGAGGAGCUGGAAGCUCGAAACAAGGUGGUGGAAGACCUGAAGACGGCGCUUCGGACGCAGCCCAUGCGAUUCGUGACGCGCUUCAUCGAGCUGGACGGCCUCACCUGCCUCCUCAACUUCCUCAAGUCCAUGGACUACGACACAACGGAGAGCCGCGUGCAUACCUCCCUCAUCGGGUGCAUCAAGGCCCUCAUGAACAACUCUCAGGGCCGAGCCCACGUGCUGGCACACCCAGCGAGCAUCGAGACGAUUGCGCAGAGCCUGCGCACGGAGAACGUGCGCACCAAGGUGGCCGUGCUGGAGAUCCUGGGCGCGGUGUGCCUGGUGCCGGGCGGGCACAAGCGCGUGCUGCAGGCCAUGCUGCACUACCAGAAGUAUGCGGCGGAGCGCACACGCUUCCAGACGCUCGUGAACGAGUUGGACCGCAGCACGGGGCGCUAUCGCGACGAGGUCAGCCUCAAGACGGCCAUCAUGUCCUUCAUCAACGCCGUCCUCAACGCCGGCGCCGGCAAGGACAACAUGGAGUUCCGCGUGCACCUGCGCUACGAGUUCCUAAUGCUGGGGAUCCAGCCGGUGAUCGACAAGCUGCGGGGACACGACAACGCCACCCUCGACAAGCAUUUAGACUUCUUUGAAAUGAUCAGGAACGAAGACGAAGCGGAGCUGGCCAAGCGAUUCGACAUGACCCACGUGGACACGAAGAGCGUGGGACAGAUGUUCGACGUGAUCCGGAAGAAGCUGGCGCACACGGAGGCGUACCCCCACCUCGUGUCCAUCCUGCAGCACUGCCUAGAGAUGCCCUACAAGCGCAACGGCACCAUGGUGCAGCAGUGGCAGCUGCUGGACCGCAUCCUGCAGCAGGUGGUGCUGCAGAGCGACCGCGGGGAGGACCCCGACGUGGCGCCGCUGGAAAACUUCAGUGUGAAGAACAUCGUGCGCAUGUUGGUGAACGAGAACGAGGUCAAGCAGUGGAAAGAGCAGGCGGAGAAGACGAGAAAGGAGCACAGCGAGCUGAUGCAGCGGCUGGAGAAGAAGGAACGCGAGUGCGAGGCCAAGACGCAGGAGCGCGAGGACAUGAUGACGACGCUCAACAAGAUGAAGGACAAGCUCCAGCGCGAGGCGGCCGAGCGGCGACAGGCCGAGGAGCAGGCGCGCGAGCUGCAGUCGCGGCUCGACGCGUACCUCGCCUCUGGUGGCAGCAUCGGAGGGCCGCGGGUGCCCUUGCCUACCAGCGGCCUGCCAGGUGCGAGCGGGGAAACCGUGCCAGCCUUGAGCUCUUCAAACCUGGCUCCGCCGGCACCACCCCCACCUCCCGGUGGGGUCCCUCCCCCGCCGCCCCCUCCUCCUCCGCCUCCUCCAGGAGGACCCCCCGGUGCCCCCCCACCCCCGCCGGGAAUGCUGGGAUCGGGGCCUCCUUCGGAACUCCCCAAGAAGAAGAUCCCACAGCCGUCGAACCCUCUCAAGUCGUUCAACUGGUCCAAGCUGCCUGAGAACAAGAUCUCGAGCACGGUGUGGAGUGAGAUCGAUGACCUGCGAGCGUUCAAGGUGCUGGACCUUGCAGACAUCGAGCGCAUGUUCUCCGCCUACCAGCGACAGCAGGACCCCAUGUUCAAUGUGGGUAGCUUCAGGCAGAAGGAGAUGGGUUCCAAUGAGGAGCUGCUGGACUGUGGAAGCCGGAAAGCCAAGGAGCUCUCUGUGAUCGAUGGGAGGCGCGCGCAGAACUGCGUCAUUCUUCUGUCCAGACUGAAGCUGUCGAACGAUGAGAUAAAGCGUGCGAUCAUGCGCAUGGAUGACCAGGAAGACUUGCCCAAGGAUAUGCUCGAGCAGCUGCUGAAAUUCGUGCCGGAGAAGAGCGACGUGGACCUGCUGGAGGAGCACAAGCACGAGACUGAGCGCAUGGCACGAGCCGACCGCUUCCUCUUCGACAUGAGCAGGAUUCCACACUACCAGCAGCGGCUGCAGGCGCUCUACUUCAAGAAGAAGUUUGCCGAGCGCGUGGCCGAAUGCAAGCCCAAGGUGGAGGCCAUUCUCUUGGCCUCCAAGGAGCUGCACCAGAGCCGCAGGUUGAGGCAGCUGCUGGAGGUGGUGCUGGCGUUCGGGAACUACAUGAACAAGGGGCAGCGCGGCAAUGCCUACGGCUUCAAGAUCUCAAGCCUCAACAAGAUCGCCGACACCAAGUCCAGCAUUGACAAGAAUAUCACGUUGCUCCACUACCUCAUCACGAUCCUGGAGAAGAAGUACCCCGACGUCGUGAACAUCCAGGACGACCUGCAGCACGUGCCCGAGGCCGCCAGGGUCAACAUGCUGGAGCUGGAGAAGGAAAUCAACUUGGUUCGAGGGGGCCUCAAGGAUGUGGAGAAGGAGUUGGAUUUCCAGCGGGCACAGCCCGGGAGGCCAGACGACAAGUUUGUGUCGGUGAUGAGCGACUUCAUCACGGUGGCAAGCUUCAGUUUCUCAGAGGUGGACGACAUCCUCUGUGAAGCCAAGGAACGGUUCGACCGAGCGGUGCGACGAUUUGGCGAGGAGAGCGGCCGCACGCAGCCCGACGAGUUCUUUGGCAUCUUCGACCUCUUCCUGCAGGCGUUUGGCGAGGCCCGCCUCGAGAACGAGCGCUCGCGGCGGCGCAAGGAGGAGGAGGAGAAGCGUGCGCGUGCCGACGCCCAGCUCAAGGAGCAGCGCGAGCGCGAGCGGAAGGCGCGCAAGACCAAGGCGGGCUCUUGCGACGAGGGCGGCGGGGAGUUCGACGACCUCGUGUCGGCCCUGCGCUCCGGCGAGGUCUUCGACAGAGCCGACCUCGUCAAGAUGAAGCGCAACCGCCGCCGCCCGGGCACCCAGCUCGCCGACGCCGGGCGCGAGAGGCCGCUCGCGAAGCUCAACUUCUGAAGACGCCUUCUUCCUUCGCGUCCCGCGGCGUCGCCCGAUGUGCCGCCCCUCCUGCCGCCACCCCACCCCCCGCGCUCCUCUCUUACCCCGGCCACUGGGCCAAAGGCGCCGCUCCGUGAGCUCCGUGGCACGGAGGCUGCUGCUGGCACUCGGUCGAUUAGUUUUGACGUCUGAGGACGCCCUUGCGAAUGCUUCUGCAAUGAGGGUGUCACCCCGCCAGGUUGCAGCUCACGUUGACGCUGGAUUACAAAGCUCGCGCUCUCCCGGCCGUAGUCUGAAACGAGCAUUUCCCCAGCUUGCGCUUAAUUUGCGUGCGCUGAGCAGUUACCUUGUUCGUUGUUGGUCAUGAGCUCAGUUCCACGUUGUUUUGGCGGAACCCAGUUUGUCCUUGCCACGCCGCUGCUCAGAAUCUUGGAGGCUCGGUAUUUAUUUUUACCGACCCUACAGGAAAAUUGAUGAUAAUUGACUUUGGUGGUGCAAUUAAGCCAUAACCUGGAGAGUCGAAUCAUUACCGUCAUGAUCACAAACUUCACACGGUACCACCGAAACGUUUCCCUUGUCUUGAUCUCUAUGAGGAGUGUUUGUUCAUAAGUCACAAAUUAAAUUUGUCAAAGGCAACAACUAUUUAAACAUGCUCUCCGAUAUAAUGUUUAGAAGCCUCAUUUGUCCAGCCGUCGAAAAAUCUAUGAAAUCCCAAAGUAGGUUUGCUCAUUGGGUUUUGCGGAGCAUUUGUCAUCAAUAUAAAUCAUCAUCGUUAUCAUUUUUAGCCGUGGGUCGAUCCACUGCUAGAUGAAGGCCCUUCCCCAAGCUGCCACCAUCUCUCUGCAGUGGAAUUAUCCACCUCGUCGCCUGCACUGCAGACGUGAACCAAUUUCUCCGCUCCAUCUCCUCGUUGGACGUCUGCUUGGAUGCUUCCAUUUCCUCGUCUGCCACUCCGCUGUCAUCCCGGACCGUCGGCCAUCCGUCGUUGAAUCACAACGUGCCCUGCCGAGACCCACCUUGCUUGCGUCGGCUUCACGGUGUUGUACAAAGUGUCGGACUGCAUUCGAGUGACUUUGCUCCCCCUCCCCGCGCUGCCAAAAGAUGCUGAAAACGUUCGGAGUUUUAUUUUUUUCCCCGUAAAGAAACGAGGAAACGUGUCGCGUCGUCGAUAGCCGGAGAUUCGGGAAAAAUGAGGCGCGAUGAAGAACGGCGUGCAACUCGGGACAUCGUCGCAACAUGCAAAUCAUCACUGAAGACACCCCACCCUGCACCCACGUGAUCACAAUUCCGUUGUCGCCGCCGGAAAAAAGAUUUUGCAACCAAAGUGCUGCAAAGAUGACUUCACCUUUCAUCCGUUGUUCGUCACGCGACGUAUACGGUGUAUAUAUAUUUUUAUAUUAUUUAGGAUUGUUUUUUUUUAUUUGUAUGCGUAUAGGUGGCGUGAAGUCGAUUUAAACCAUGUCGACUCAACUCUGUCAUCUUUUCCAAAUAUAUAUUUAAAAAAACACGAGCUCUACAACAGACACGGGGUUAAAUCAGACACACGGAUGGAAGCGUCUCAACCAAAGUAACUUGGGGAGGAUUUGUGCCGCGCAAGAAAAUGGACAUCGUCGCCCCCCUUGGCUGGGGAAGGGGGGGCCUUUUUUGUUCAUGCAAUAAAACAAAAUAUUGGCAUCCGAGAAGUUGGAACUCUCCGUCGCGUCGACUGCUGCCGCGCAAGUGAUUUAUCGAGCAGCCGUGAAAAUUAAUGCUGCAUUGGGGCGACUUUCAACCAGAAGAAUUUCGACAAAAACAAACAAAAGCAACGAAAACUUCACGAGUGCCUCUUCACACUCGGCGGUUUCACGUAAUCGAUACGAAAACACGUUCCGAUUUGACAGGAGGCUUGGCUCCUACUUUGUGUGCGCGCUAGCGAUGGCGGUGUAUUGUUAGAUGGUGCAUGUGACUGAGUGUUUUCUACGGAAGGGUUAUUGCAUGCUCUUAACCAUACAGGAGACGAUCGGAGAGUUGGGGUUAAACGCAGAUUUCGCCUCUUAAGUUAAGCUCUGGAUAUUUACACGGUGGAAUGACGGAAACCUUUCUCGUCACGAAUCUAACUUUUAUUCCCAUUGCAAUUAAAUGGCAGUACCCCCGAUUGGCUGCAGGGGUGCUGUAAAGUAAACCCAUUGCGAACGCAUUGAAAAAAAAGUACAUCGAUUCUUGCACACGUGAUGUAUGCAUGUGUUCACGAGCCGAAUCGAUGCGUCGACGGGCACACCCCACCCUCUUACAAUUUGGUGCAAAAAACGCCAACGUUACUUCAUUUGCAAUUGAGACCAAAGAGACGUUGGAAGAAUUGGACAGCUGGGUAACUUGGCGGUCAUCGUGCAUUGCCGAAUGCGUUGGCUUUUGCGAGAUUGAUGGUUCAGUUCCUGCCACUAUCGAGUCAUUUCUCAGUCGAAAUUGAAUUUCUGAGUCAGUAUCACCAUGGUCCUGUCUGCUGUAAAGUGUACUAUAAUUAACGAUCCUGUGGAAUGAUUUGCACGAGUCGUGUGCUGUAAUCUCAUGAGCUCAAGUUUUUUUUAAUUAACCUGAAACUACAUUUUAAGAACAUUGUGAGUCUAUCCGUGGCUUCAGGCCUUUCCAGAUAAUGAAUUUGGAUUGACUGCAAGCAUAAUUAAAUUUUAAUUGCAUCCAGCAAUUUAUCAUCCAGAUUUGCGCCGAUUUCUUGUGAUGUUACCGAUUUAAAAUUAAGUUUGGCGAUAGAAGAACCAGAGCUCAGAUCUGGGCCCACUACACAGAUUAAUAUUGAUUUUCAAGUGUAGCCUAUAUUGUUUCAGUCUGAUCGUGCACGCACAAAAACACCGCAUUGAAUAAAUGUAAUGUCGUUCUUGAUUUGAUUGAUCCAAACCAAAUGAACGAUCGCAUUUUAUAGUUCAGAUGGAGUGCUCUUGCCAAUAAAAGCUGGAAACCCGGCAUCAUUUGUUUAACAAGCCCAACUGCUGGUGAGACUCAGAAUGUCAAUACCGGUGCAGACUUUGCAUACUUAAAAAAAAAUGCGUCUGGAUGUUACUGGUCUCGACAGCCGGUGGGCUGAUGGAGGCGACACAUUUGUAUUCACGUGUGGAGGCACAGGAGUUCCGCUUUAAUAUGCUUUCACCCAUUCAUAAUCAACGUUUUUGGGUUUAGAUCGUUAUUUAUAAAUGUCGUAACCCUCCACCACCCGACACGGCCAAUCAGUAAAAAAAGUGUCACAUUGACAAAGGACAAAUAGUUCACUGCUUUAGCCCACCGGUGUGUUGAAGCGUGAAACCACAACAUUUACAAUUUGAGUACGAAGAAUAAUAUUGGUCGCGAAAGCCUACGUGUUAUGCUUUCACCCGUAAAAUGUACGCUUAUCGCACACAUCUUGCACGGUGUGAAGGAACGCUGUUGGGUGUGUUGAGUGCGACACAUUGAAGAGAUACGUCUUCGGGAUAAUACUGUGAUGUCCCUUCGUGAGAUAUUCUCCAUUGCGAGAGGGUUGGUGUAUAUCGCACAAAUGUUGCGAAACUCCAAAGGCGUCGGGGUACCGUUGCCUGGUUCGGUAGGAAAGUGCGGACUAAAAAUCAUCUGUCCCAAUCUGUACGGGGGAUAGUGUUGCCCCCUCGCAUGCGUGGGUUUUCUCCGGGCGCUCCGGUUUUGUCCCACAUGUUUAAACACUGGUUAAUUGGAUGAAAACAUCUUAAUAUAUAGAGGACUGCAGAGCUUGGGCAAUUGUUGGUGUCGGCUCAUCGCCUGGCUGCUGCCUUCCAGCUUUAGUGCGUGGCUCCUCGGCAUUUGAGAUGCAGUUAGCGUAAGAUGACGCGAUAUAAAACUGAAUAUUAUUAUCGUUUCAAAGUCAGCAGGGCUCUACCGGAACAUGUAGGUGAUCUUGUGGCUACUUUGCUUUGUGCCUUGUACUGAUGCGAUUGGCACGAUUGGGGAUGUAAAGUGGUGCCAAGGGGAGGACGCCGUUACCACUGAAGGCCUUAUUGGGUAGGAUUCAACGCCUUCUUAAAAUGGGUCGUGUGAAGUACAAUGGCUUACCAAUACUUUGCGUCGUUAUGAAACUCCAGUGGCUUCUGCGUGCAGUGGCGAAUGUGAUGAUGUCUAUGGGGGGGAAAAAGUAUCUCGGCCUUGUGACGAUACACACAUGCAUAGCUCUGCGAUGUGAUUUUUGGAGUCUUAUCGUGGGUUUGUUACAAACCCACCAACUCCUUUUCGUGUGUUUGUCGUCCUUCCCCCGCAACCUCCGAUUUAGAACGGUUGGCUAUGCACGGUCGGAAAUAAGUGCAGCAUGCAUACGCACACGAUGGUCGGACGUUUGGCUCAAGAGUUCUGGGAGCUUCGGUUCGUGAAAUCUUGUUCGUAGCUCCCAGCACGUGGCAGCAAAACGUCGGACAUCGUGACAAACAACGGCACAUUUGCAUUGGACGUUGUAGAAGUAACCGGAUAUUGAAAAACAAAAACAAAUUGUUGGCUCGUUUUAAAUGCAAGAUCUAAAUGUCCUGCUGAAAAUGGAAAGCCGUCCAAAAAUGUCAGUUUUCAAAUGUGUGUUAACGGUUUUAUUGCUAAUGGAAAAAAAAAUUCGUAUGCUGUCAUUUCCAUCACCAGCUAUGCACUGGCUGUCCAUAUAUGCACACGGAUCUUUAUCCCCCCAAAUUCCCGAGGCCUUUGUGGCAACAAUUUUUUUUCGCAGAAUGUUGCAUCCAUCUUUGGGCGCAAUUUCAAAUUCCCUCUUUCUGCUGUGAAGGGCCAAAUUGCCCGAAAACAUUUGCAGCCUAAGGCACUGUCUUUUCAUAACGGCAGUGAAGUGAUUUUCAGCUUGUUUUGGGGGGCAACGUCUCUCUUCCAAAUCCUUUUUGGAUACCCACUUGCUCUCCCAGCGUGCCCAUUGCUGAGGAGCUCUAGCAAUAAGAGCAAACAUGGCUUUUUGAAACGAGAUUGAGGCCUGGUUUCAGGCCAUUGCGAGGGUUUUUACUGAUCCUUACAAAGCCCAUUGGCCCAAGAAUGUCUUUGUUGUUGGUGUUACAACACCAAGGUGGCAAAUGCAAAACGGUGAAUCUCUUGAGGCGUUUUCAAUUCGCAGGCAGCAAAACUGACCGCCCCAGCAAACGCAAAACGCGUUUGUUUCGCUUGUCGCAAUUUUGUCUUCACGUAGACAAAGUUGUUUGAUCAAUCAUUAUCUAUUCGAAACAAUAAAAAAUAGGUUGUACCCUUUCCGGCAAUAUAAAACAGGUAUUAAGAUAUUCAAACGCCGCAUAGAUACCUUUUGCAAGGCAUCACCCUUGCAAGGGUCACCGAUGUAGGAAAGUGGUCAUUCAAUUAAUUAUCUCUGCGUUAACCAGGUGAGACGCAUGAUCUCUUGCAAAGGAGACCGAAGUAGCCGUGUUACUUUGGGAGUUCAGUUAAAUAUCUCUUUGUCAACCAGGUAGAGAAACGCUAUCGCUUGUGAAGGAGGCCGGUCCGUCGAUAAUAGUGAGUGUAAUUAAUUCUGCUGUUCUACUUGUACUUUAACCCAAGCGUUGGUUUUUACUCGGACCGUUUUUGAUGUAAAAUGAAGCGAGAUGUUGAGUGGGGGGGGGCAUGGGGGUGAGGUUUGGGGAAAUAAACACUGUGCUCUUUUGCUGCAUAAAGUGCAAAAUGUAAAUGUCUUAUAUUUAAAAAACAUUAAGCUAAACUGUAGCAUUUAUAGGCAAUGCAUAAUAACACCCCCCUCCGCCCCCCCCCCUCCCGUUGUUUUAUGCAGAAUACAAAUAGUGCAUGCACUGAACGACUUCACGACGCUUGUUUUGCGCUGGACAGUGAAACGGGAGGAGUGAGAGUAGAAAAGGGGCAACGCUUAGCGGGACACAGUCGGUUUGUUCCAUCGUUGCGGUACGAAGCGAACAUUGGGGCUGGCGUUUUAUCAAAAUACAUCAUCGUGGGUAUUUGCGAGCGAAUGGUCAUUCAUGGAUCACUCCGCGCGCGUGUGGUUCAUUUGUUAAUCGAAAGCAGCAGUGUCGUGGGGGGGGGG